AUGGACAUGUCCACCCGGCUGGCACUGUGGCAGCAGCUGGCAGAGAGCUGUGGUCUCAGUACGGUCCAGCAGGGUCUGCAACAGGUCUGGAGACUUUUGCUGCUCUGUCUCAUCAGCAGAAUCUGCUUCAGACUGGGUGAGAAGAUUUAUUGAAUGCAAGACAACAAGAGAUAAAAAUUCUAUGAUUGUGAUUCUUUUUCUUUGCGUUAGGCAGUAAAUCACACCAUUAAGAUGUCAUGACACCUUCCAAGCAGUUUUUAAUCACAUUAUUAAAGAGACCAUUGUGUUGUGUUUUUCAGAGGGUGUGUCCACAUUGAAGCACGUAGCCUCAGCUCUGACAGGGAUGUACGCCCUCUUUCUGUUCUUCGAGUUGCACAUGCUGUGGGUGGUGCUGCUCAGCAUACUCUGUUACCUCGUCCUUGUCCUGGGCAGACACUCCAGCAGCAGAGGUGUCUUUCUCUCAGUUAUCAUCCUUGUCUUUCUCCUUGUUGGGUGGGUAAACCUUUUAAACUUGUCUUGUUUUUAAAAGGAAACAGAUUCUUUCAUUUUUGAUUGUGAGGUUUUGCUCUUCAGAAUUAGAGCAGUAAUAUUAAAUCCUUUUAAAUGUUAAAACUGACUUUUCAUUUAUUUAUCUGUGACCUGAGAUUUGACUAAAUUUGGUUUUGAUCAGGAUAUGUUUGUGAAUUAGUCCCAAAAAAGUAUUUAGACCACAGUGAUCAACUUCAGAUAAAAAAGGUUACGUAGUUUGUGUGAUGGGAGUUUUUGUUUGAUCUUUUUUGUGCUGAAAUCUCAGCAUUACUGAAUUAAUGAUUGGGUACAGCUCUUAGACUUCCUGUGUGAUUUAACCAAGUUUCCUCACUUGAAAAUCUUUAACUUUGUGAAGCAGAAUUAAGUUUGCUGUAUUUUUCUACCCUUUCAUUUCAGGGAGUUACAUUUAAUUGACAUGGUAACCUGGCAUAAAAUAAGAGGUAAGUGUUUCAUGGUUUAAUUUAAAAAAAUAUGAUCUUAAUGAAAGUUUUUGGAUUAGCAGAGGGUUUCCCACAGCUGCUGCUUUGUUUCAGGGAUGCUUAAAGACUGUCUGCAUAUCUGUACAUUUUCUUGUGUCAAGCUUGAAUGACAAUACUUUGUUUGUCUGGUUGAUGAUAAAUGUCUCAUUCAAAGCUGAUACUGACAUGUGUGGGUGUAUUUCAGGUUCUCAGAUGGUGGUGGCGAUGAAGGCCAUCUCUCUGGCUUUUGACCUGGACAGAGGCUCUGUGACCUCCCUGCCCUCCCCUGCUGAGUUUCUGGGUUACGUCCUUUUUGUGGGCUCUGCCGUAUUCGGCCCCUGGAUCAGCUUCUCCAGUUAUAAGAACGCAGCAGAGGGCAGAAAACUGGUCAGUAAUUCAUGUUUCCAUCCGUUUGUAUGCUGCUCUUCAUGUAUUUUUAACUGUGUUGGUAAUGAUGUGGUUUGUUCCUCAGAGCUUCUCAUGGCUGCAGAGUUGCUCCUUCAGCCUCCUGAAGAGUCAGAUUUGUCUGCUGGUCUCCACCUGCAUUGCCCCCUACCUCUUUACACUGUUCAUCCCCAUCGAAGGAAACGCAUUCACACAGAAGUAAAUCCCAUUUUUUCGUUCAAAUCACUAUCUCUCUGCAUCAAAUAGGGGGAAAAUACUGGAUUGAGGCUCCUGACGUGCUUGGCUAGUUCCUGUUUUUUGCAGGAGUUUAAGUGGGAACUUAAAAAAGUUUUUCUUUAGUGCAGGGUAAACAAAACAAAAAGUGUGUGUUAUGAUAUGUUUACUGUGUGUUUCUCAGGUGGAUGCAUGCCUACGAGAACGCAGUAUCCUUCCACUUCAGUAACUACUUUGUGGGUCACCUCAGUGAAGGAACCUGCAUGCUGGCUGGAGCUGGAUUUACUGAAGAGAAAGACAACAUCAGAUGGUGAGAUCAGCGGUAGUUUAACUGCUGUGAUCUGACAAAGAUCCUGUAGGAAUUAAAGACAUUUAAAGGAAGUUAUUUGUUCAGAAAUUAUUGGCUUUUUAAUGUUUUUACAGCAUGUUUUUAUCUGGAACUGACACAUAAUGCUCUUUGUAAACAAGUCAACCUUGUUAGUCAAACCACAGUUGCAAAAACUGUAUCAUGCGUCAUCAUUAUAUACCACAGAAAAGGUUGUGUAUGCCCUCCAUCAGUCGCAAACAGACCUAAAAAUUAAGAUUAAUGGCAUGCAGUUCACAUUUCCUGGAAAUAUGGACAAGAUAAAGGGAUACAAAUAUCCUUUUUUUUUGUAUUAAUGUGUCUCUGUGCUUUAUUGUUCAGGGAUAUGAGUGUGGUGAAGCCUCUCAGUGUGGAAAUGCCUCGCUCCAUGGUGCUAGUGGUGACAUCCUGGAACAUCCCCAUGUCCCGAUGGUUGAAAACCUGUGAGUCCAAACCUCCAUUUUUUCUUAGCAACAGUCCUGCAUCAGUACACACUGCAGGAGCAACAACUUUUUUUGUUGUUAUUUAUUUAUAAAUUAAUUUUUUACUAAAACUUUAUUAGUUUUCACUUAUUUAUUCAUACUUAGUCCACUGGCAACAUGUGAAGCAACAGCUUGCAACACAGAGAGCACACUCUAAAUUGUUAUUUUACUUUGAUCAAUUUCUAACUUUUAGGCAUUACUUGAAAUUCUUACAAGUGUGUAAAAACAGUAACACAAUAAUGUCAUAUGAAGCUUUCUAUAAACAAAACUUAAGUUACUUGUAUACAGUUAUGGGAGGAAAAAUGCACAAGAAUAGUGCAGAAACAAGAGGAUUAAUUAACUCUAAAUAAAUAGAAGUUCAUGCAUAUAUCACUCAUGUGAAAAUGUGGCAGGUGAGAGGAGUAUCACAGAGAAAGACACGAGAAAGGACACAAGACUGGUUCAUCACUAUAAACCAGUGCAGGAGAAAGAACUAAUCUGUGCCUGAAAAGAGACCAGAGAGCAGAAAAAGCAACGUUUGUUCAAAAUGCAAUCUUGAGUGUAUUUAACUGCUUAUUGCCCUUGCUUAUUACAUGCUUAAGUUAUGGCGACUGUGUUUUAGUGAUAAGGUCAGUCCUCUCUCUUCAGAAGGCUGAAGAUUUAGUUCAGGGUCCUCUGCUCGGCAUGCUGGAUGCAAGACACUUCAUCCCUAAUGGACCCCCCUGGUGAUGUGCUGUUAGUGUAGCAGUGGGAUGAAUUCAUACUGAUGGUUGCUUCAGGCAGCUGCCUCUGCCAUCAGUGUAUAAUGUGUUAAUGUGACUUUAAAAAGUCUUUAAAGUGGUCAGAAGACUACAGGAAAAACAGUCUGUUACCCAUUGAGUCUUUUUCUGACGAAUUUUAGAAGAAAUAGUAUGGAAGAAAUUUUGAAAUGUUGUUGCCUUUCAAAAUAAAACUGCUGAAUAUAUACCGGUUACAUUCGCAUGUUUUUGAAAAUAACUCCAUAUGACUCCAAUUUUUGCACAGACCAUAUAUUUGAUGGACAGAUUUGGCGAUCUCUUAGUAUGGCAGAGUUUUGCUGGCCCUCUGGUUGAAGUAAGAUCUUUUUUGGCCCAUUAAAGGUCAAAGAAUCAAAGAAAAAGAUAUGCAAUAAAGCUGUAUUUAUUUGAUAUAACUGUGUUUUACUGUCUUCUGUCCUCUUUGUUACUCAGAUGUGUUUAAAAAUGCCAUGAAACUGGGAACUUUCCCUGCCAUCCUGGUGACCUACACAGCCAGCGCUUUACUGCAUGUAAGUAACAUUAUGCGCACAUUUAACCAUUUAAUGCAAAAGAGACCACUUAAAUGUGCAGAAUUCCACAACUGCUGACUUGAUCUUUUUUUUUUUAUUGAAACGCCCUCAUUGUUGCACCUGUUUGUGGUAUUUUUGUAAAUGGAUUUGGUUGGAGUUAAACUUGGGCAGUAUGUGCAUGAUAAUCUAUUACUGCUUAAUAUUUCUGUUUUAUUUUGUUCCUCAGGGUUUGAGUUUCCACCUGGGAGCUGUUCUGCUGUCUCUGGGCUUUAUCACAUAUGUGGAACAUGGUAUGAGUCAUUUUUCACCAUUUGAUAAAUUUUAUACUUUAACUGUGCAGGAUUAACCCUCCAAGGUAGAUUUAUCUCUUUUAAAGUCACAUAGUACUUAAUGUGGUGGUAGAGUUUAUAAAAACUGAACAAAUAAAAGUCAUUUCAUCUCUCAAACUGUAACUGUAUUUUCACUCAUCCUCAGUCCUGAGACAGAGGCUUGCAUCCAUCUUUAGUGCCUGUGUCCUGUCUCGGCCCUGCACCUCUGACUGCAGCCAUCAGCACAAGAAGGUACAACUGCAGCUCAUUAUUGACUAUUCAUAUGUGAUUAUUGAUGUUUUGCACUUUUUGGAUGAAAACCCCAGAUUGUUUGACCUUAUGAGUAAAAAUUCUCUGUCACAUUUUAACUUUUGACAUAUUGAAUGUUUGCAGCUGCUUAUUGGUUACUUGUCUUUUGACUUUGGUUUGCAGGGAUGCUGGGUGAUGUUACUAAAUCUGCUCUUCAGCCUCUUAGCCAUCUUUCAUCUCACCUACCUGGGCUCGAUGUUUGAUCCUGGAGUUGACGAACAAGAAGUAGAAGAGGUAAAAUCUUCUAAAGACAUACUGAUACAUACUGAUGAUACACAUCUUUAGUAACCAGAUUUAGAGCAGGAUACCAAAGCUGCACUUUUAAAGAAAAUGUCUGUCAUGAAAGGGAGGGAGCAGCAGCACAGUGUUUACAAAGGCUUGUCUUGCUGUAACCAUUUUUUCUGAGCAUUUCAGUCGGUUACUGAAGAAUUUUAUUAUGCACCACACCCAUCACAUGUGACUAAUGGAAGGUUAUGUGUGAAUUUGUCGCCUGUGUUUGCAGGGUUAUGCAGCCAUUCACACCAUCCAGAGGUGGUCUGAACUGAACUGGGCCAGUCACUGGGUCGUUUUCUUCUGCUGGGUCUUCUAUCGGUUGAUUCAGUGA